AAGUGUGCCUUGACUUCCUGUGACUAUAUAUGGAGACCACCGGUACAGCAUGAGUGAAGAAGAAAACAUCUCCGGGAAAAACGAGAGCGUUUGUCUGUGAACAAAUAAAAUUAAUUAACGUUUAUUGCGGCCGAUGACUAUCUCCUAUCUUAAAGAGACAAACACGUAUUUUCCGUCGAUUUUGUUGUGCUAAAACAGGAACUCAGAGACGCAAGCAAAAACAUACGCACAUCGCAACUGUGAAUGAGAAAGCUACAGGUAGUGAAUGAGCAUGACGACGUUGCUGGACCUGAAGAGCAGUGUUCUGAGGCAGGUUCAGAGGAGCCAGUCUCUGAGGGGGAGGAGGGAGCCAGCAACCUCAGCAGCCAGCAGCAUCCCUGUCACACACUUCCCUGACCAGUUACCUCACGGGCUGUCUGAGGGGAAUGGAGAGUUCUUUGUGCGUAUGAAUGGCAUCCUUCAGAAACAAGAGAAUCUACUGCGUGCUGCCCAGGCUGAGUGCGAAGGGGAAGGUAACACAGCCGUACCACCAGCAGAGCACGUAGACCAGGCCUUCGUUCCAGAGGGGUCCAGCAGGAGAGAGCUGGACCUCCUGUAUGAAGAGGCCGUUUACACGGUAGUCAACAGGGUGGGCGUGCCCUCGCCAGAGUACAUCACCAAUGAAGGCGACAUCUUCAGUUAUCUGCUGAAGGUAUUUGAUAUGGGUCAGGAGGAACAUGACAUCAUUCUGCAGAGAGUCCAAGAAUCCAAGAGAGCCAGUUUCACCAUGAGAGUGUCUGUCAUGAAAGGGAAAAAUCUAAUGGCAAAGGAUGCAAAUGGGUACAGCGACCCCUAUUGCAUGCUGGGAAUCCUCUUGGGCCAGAGCCCUCGGGAGACAGAGGAUAAGAAGGAGAGGAAGUUCAGCUUCAGGAAGAGGAAGGAGAAGCUGGAGAAGAGGUCCAGUACCAAGGAGGUUCUAGCAGCCACUUGCAUCCAGGUGACUGAGGUCAAGCCAGAGACUCUCAACCCAGUCUGGAAUGAGCACUUUGUUUUUGACAUUGAUGAUGUCCAUGGUGAUCUACUGCAUAUGGACAUAUGGGACCACGACGAUGACGUCUCUGUCGCAGAGGCCUGCAAAAAACUGAAUGAAGUCAGUGGACUUAGAGGAAUGGGCAGAUAUUUUAAGCAGAUUGCCAAAUCGGUGCGGUCCAAUGGGACGUCGUCAUCGGGAUCAUCUGAAGACAAUGCUGAUGACUUCCUUGGCUGCAUCAACAUUCCACUGAAUGAGAUUCCUGUAAUGGGAUAUGACAAGUGGUUUAAGCUGGAGCCCCGGUCCAGUGCCUCCAAGGUCCAGGGAGAAUGUCACCUGAUUCUGAAGCUCUUCACUACCCAGAGAGACACUACACUGAGUAAGAGGGAAUCCAAAGAAGUCAUUCAUAAGAAGAUGCUGAGUCAGAUUCUGGAGUACGAACACGCUCAUAUUCAGAAAGAGCCUUAUAACUGGAAUGGGCAGGUGAGUCCUCCAGCAUGGACUGUGCUGUCUCAUCAUGCUGUGCAAACUGACCUCUCACCCCUGCAACAGGCCAUCAUUCGCUGGCAGUGCUAUAGCAGCCACCACCGGUCCCAGAGGAUGUGCUACACUCUGCUGCUGAGGCUCCUGAGGACCAUCGAUGCAGAGUGGGAUCCCCAAGCUGUGCAGGGAGACCUGGAGCGGCAGCUGUCGGACAGCUUCAGGCUGUACACGGACCACUGUCUGUGUCUGAUGAAGAGCAUGCGCCAGGUGUUCCCCUGCACCAGUCCAGCCGCCGUCACACGCUGCGAGCUCAUGCUGAGGGGUGUAGGACACAUGCAGACCAUGCCGGCCUUCAAGACUGCGUGCCCCCUUCGAAAUGAACUGCAUUUGGAAAUUGCCACUGUUGUCAAGAAAGGUACAGUGGAGUGGUACGAGAGCACAAUUUCACAAUUCAAACCAGAGGACGGAGCUCUAGAGGAGCAGCUGAGGAGACUGGUCCAGGUGGUGGAUGCAGUGUGUGCAGAUGUACAGAGGGGACAGAAUGUCUACAACAAGCUCUUCUACAGUGCGGUGAAAGUGGAUUUCUUCAGCAUCGCGUAUAGACAGUUGGAGAAACUGGUCGCGGACGACGUGAGCGUUGCCAUGGAGAAGGUGUGUGGCACUCUGGAGCAGGAGAGCUCCAGGUUAACUCAGACCAUGGGAGAGACUCUGUUAGAGCUCUACAUGUCUCUGAAAAUACUCAAACGCUUCAGAGAGUUCCUCCCUCUUAGGGACGCAAAGAUGAUGGCCUUGACUGGCUAUCACAGCUGGUUCAAGACAUCUAUCCACAAGUGGCUGCAGAUAGUCCAUGACAAGUCUUGUGACAGGAUCCGCAGAGCAGUAGACAUGGAUCAGCUGGAGCCAGUACAGCAGGCCAAACACAGCUCCUCUGCGGUGGACGUGACAGCGUGUUUCAGCCAGGUGCGGGAGUUCUGGAAACAGCUGUCCUGGCCAGACUCUGCAGGGGCCUUCAUCUUUGUCACCCGCCUGACAGACAAUUUCUGCAGCGAGGCCGUGUGUUACUCAGAGAUGAUAAAGCGCAAGAUUGAGAGGAGCCAGCAGGGUCGAGACAUCAAGAGCCUGACGGUGCAGCUGUGCAUCGCCCUGAACAACACAGAGCAUGUGCGUGUGUUCCUGGGCCACCUGCCUCGGGACCUGGACUGGCAGGGCGUGGAGCAAGCCAUGGAGGAGUCUUGCGGGGCGGAGGGGAAGGAGCAGGUCAACAAGGCCCUGAACGGACAGCUCUACAACGUGGAUGCGGACCUACAGAGGGAGGCCAAGCGCCUCAUCACUCACCUCACAGACAAGAUGCUUUCAGAGCUGAAGAGGUACCUCCAACACAUCAGCCUGUCCCCCGACUCCAUCAACAACGAUGAUGCCGUGUCCCCCCUCAUGAAGUACUUACGUGACACUUUAGUCAUCCUCAGCGAGUCUCUGGUGAAGGAGAAUCUGGCUAGAGUUCUCCUCGGCAUGUGGGAGCUGCUCCUCAGAAUGAUCCUAGACACGGUGGCGGAGAACAUGGGAGUCCAGGUGGAGUUCUACAACCGCUUCCAGUACACUGUGGAGGCCCUGGUGCAGUUCUUCUGUGCUGAUGGAGAGGGACUUGUCAUAGAAGAUCUGAAGAACCAUGUCGACUACAAGGCUCUUGACGAGGAGCUGAGGCUGAACAAGUGUUCGUCCUUUGAGCUGAUCGAGCAGUACUUCCUGGAGAAGAUCUCUCAGCAGAGAACAUUGAAGCACACCCGCUUUGGCCGCAUCAGUGUGAAGUGUUACUAUGAUGCUUCUGAGCAGAGGCUCACGGUGGAGAUCCUGCAUGCCGCCGAUCUCAUUGCCUUGGAUGCCAAUGGGCUGAGUGACCCCUUUGUCAUCAUAGAGCUCUGUCCCCACCACCUCUUCCCCAUGGCCAAGAGCCAACGCACCCAAGUGAAGCUCAAGACCCUGCACCCAGUAUUUGAUGAGCUCUUCUAUUUCCAUGUCAGCCCAGAGCAGUACAGGCACAGGUUUGCCUGUCUGACUUUUACUGUGAUGGACUAUGAUUGGCUGUCCACCAACGAUUUUGCCGGGGAGGCCUUGGCCCCGCUCAGUGACUUCUGUUGGCCAGGGAGACCCAACGCCUCAGCGGCCGGAAAGACCAUCCAGCCGACCAUUCUGCACCUGGCCCGGAGCAAACCCAGCGAGAAGCCAAUCAUGAGGAUUUUGGACGCACGGACAGGAGACGGAGAGGCUCAGGAGUUUGUGAGGAAGCUAAAGGAGAUUGAGAAAUCCAUGGAAGAGGAGUGAAGCUGUCAGCACUGGUCUGGUGUAUUGGUGUAUUCUGACUACGUCUUUGCCACAUGUGCUUUUGUACUUGUUGUACUACCCGUAUGUUUACAAUGUUUACAGGUUUCAAAUCCUCUUAUACGUGCACUGAAAAUGUAAUGCUGAACAAAACACAGUAAGGCAUGACUUUUUAAACUGGAAUACGAAUGUCCUGUCUCUGCUGUAUUUUUAUGCCUCAAAUCAAAUACUAUUUAUCACAUGCGCUGCGCCGUAUACAACAGGUGUAGACUUUACCGUGAAGUGCUUACUUACAAGCCCUUUCCCAACAAUGUGGAGUUAAAAAGUAAGACAAAUCCAAGGGUCCUAUCUGAGAAAUAUGAGAAGUAGCUUAUCUUGUAAUUAUUAUUUUGUUUUCUAAAGAGCUCAUUGAAUGUUAUCUUUGUUGUAUUAUCUUUGUUGCAUUACAUCUCUAACAUCUAACUGAAUCUAAAACUAAUUUGUAAUUGAUAUGUGUUCAGUCGAAUCAUGUGGGUGGAUCAAUCGUUGGGAAAAAAUAUAUACUCCCACUACCGUUUCUGAGUUUAUGGUGAAGUAGCACAAGGAUGUAACACUGCAAGGAAAAGCCAUCUGUAGCCAGGUUUUGUAAGUCAUCAGAAGGAGUAGUGUCAUAUAUGGCUGCGUUUACACAGGCAGCCCAAUUCUGAAAUGUUUCAGAUCUUUUCACACCAGCUCUUUUUCAGAGCUGAUCUGAUCAGUCAAAAGAACAAUAAAUUACAGAAAAGAGAUCACAAUUUGGCUGCCUGUGUAAAUGCAGCCUGUGACGCCAUCUGUGCUCAUUGAUGAUUGAUGAUUGGAUGUUUAUAUCUCUUCAGAUUAUGAACCUUAUCCCUGAAGAAAAGAGUAUUAGUCCUCUAUUUGUUAUAUUGUAAAUGUGAACUACUUGCCUUGGAUUGUAAUGGAUUGUGCUGCUGUUCAUUGUACCAUUCAGAUGAAGCCGUCUAUACAUAAAGAUUGUAUUUGAAUAUGA